GAGACUCACUGGAAUGUGGGCGGGUACAUCCCGGAAACGGUUCUCUUGCUCUUCGCCAUCGCUAAAUCUCCGGCACCUGCCGAAGUGGCUUCCAUCUUUCUUUGACUGGCAGCUCUAACGCGCCUUUGACGUCUGGGGGUUGUCAUCCCUCCUGAACGCCGUCCCGCCCUGCACCCGUGACCGGGAGGCAACUCGCACAUGUGGGACGGCUGGGAACAGAACCCGACUGCCGCCAGGUUUGCGCAUGUGGGAUUCUGGACAGCCGGUUGCUCUCUCCUUACUGCGCCCUAUGUUAUUCAUGGCCAAGCCGUAUCGUGCAUUGCAUGCAUGGUUCGAUGCAACACGCAUCUGGUUGGCCAUCUACCAUGCAAGCCGCGACGGGUAGCCGCAUUAGCCUACCACUGUUUGAACAUCGAUUUUGACAGAAAGACAGGGGGAGACCAAUGGGUCCGAUUGCUCGUGGCUCUUUGCAGCUGCGCAUCUGGACACCCAGGCCCAGGGGCACUGGAUCUGGGCCGUGGUACCCUUGGGCUUCUAUUUUCUCCCUUGCGGCUGAGUGGCGUUCUUUGGACCGGGCUUGCUACUUUGGGUAUGUUUGCUAGAGAAAGAGGAAUUCAAAACAGCCAAGGGAUCGCGGGUUUACCCCACGGGUUAAAAAAAGGGACGGCUGUGCUGGCAAGCAACAACUUGGGCCAAAGACGAACCCGUUGGGGGAGCGACCGGGUGUGGCGCGAGUUCAUUUCACCUACCCGACGGCGACCACUCCUAGCCGUUGUGUAGGAGAUGGCGGUGUUGCGUACCUGGCGGUCUACCUACCCUGCAUAUCUGAAAUCUGCGACCUCCCGGCCUGCCGCCCCAAUAGUAGCCUCUCCCGCCCUUUCCGUUGGCACGCAAUGUUUCUGUUUCGCAUCUCCAGGCGACUAGGUGCCGUGCCAUGUGCUGAGUCCGAUUUCCUGUCUCAAAGCCCAGGCCAACUGUUCGUGUGCCUGGAGUGUAGGUGCGGCUAGCUGUGAGAUAUCACUUGUCACAUUCUGUUCGAGACACUACCCGGGCGCCUCAUCCCACCUCCUUUCGCUUGGGGGAGACAACCGCCAC